AUGACUGUUAUCCAGGAUAAAUAUGUUUUUGGCAGAGACAGGAAGGAAUCAGAACGAUUGGAUGCCCAGCAUCGCCUGCUAUCCAAAGUGACCGGAAACACCCUGAUCCAUCCAUCCAUUCCCAAAGAAAGUAUAUUUUCUGUUGCAGAUGUGGGCACUGGAACUGGCAUCUGGCUGAAAGAUGUUUCAACAGUAUUGGAACAAACAAACACCAAUUGUUACUAUCACGGAUUUGAUAUCGCGGCAGAUCAAUUUCCUGCAAAUAGAGGGAACCUCGAUUUUUCUGUUCAAGAUAUAACAUUGCCAUUCCCUAAAGAACAUUGGAACCGAUAUGACCUGGUCCAUGUGAGACUGCUUGUCGCUGCUAUUGAUGAGGUCGAUUACAUGACUGCAAUCUCGAAUUUGUCUGCCAUCCUGAAGCCCGGUGGUUACCUUCAAUGGGAGGAAAUUGACGAAGAAACUUAUCUAUCAGACAAUUCUGUCAUCCGCGAGAUCCGACGGUGUUUCGAUCUAUCAUUGAAAGCCGAGGGUAAAUGCUUUGCAGCAUCAGCCAAGGUUUUUGAAGAAUGCAACGCCGCAAAGUUAUGGAAUGUUGAAAGGCUACAUUAUCGCUCCGAUUCGAAUAGUGAGCUCCGCCUUGAUACAGACAGCAGACUGGCCGCAAUAAUUGCAACUCUGUACGCAAAUCUUUUGUGGCGGUCUGGCCAGGUCGCUGAUGAGGCGGCGGCAUUAGAACGUGCCGAUGAAUUGAUCGAACAACAUCGGCGUCUUUGUGCUGAGGGAAAUUCUCCGCCACUGACAUUGAUGAGGGUUGUCGCCCAGAAGCCAUAUCACCCACGUCUCUAA